AUGCCCGGAUCCCACCGACACAACCGCCAUAGACGAAGGAGCCCAUCCGAUCCAUCAAGCUCGGAUUCUGGGAGCGACAGGUCGCGACGCGGAUAUCGACGACGACACCGACAGCGACACGAGCCCGCGCAAACAACAAUCGAUAUGUUCAGUCAGCGACGUUUGAAGCCCGAAGAAAUGGGAACCUUCGAUGGCCACAACACGAGCGUGCAUUUGUAUGUACGCCAAAUCCAACAUCGAGUCCGCCUUUACGGAUAUCAGAGGGUACUCGAAGUUCUCCCCCUCUGCAUGAAAGGAGACGCCAUGGACUGGUAUAGUUCUUUGUCCGACAGUCAGAUUCAUCGCAUGACAACUAGCAUUGAUGAAUGGAUCAUCGCCCUACGCCAUAGGUUCCAAAAGGAUGCUCUGCUUGCUGAGGACGAGGCAAACAAAUGCAAGCAUUCCUUUGAACGUGAAUCGCUUGACGUACGACAAUACAUCACCCGCAAGCAAACCUUACUCUAUGACGCGGGUAUUGAAGGACAGGACGAACUACUUAUGAUCCAGAAGAUUUGGCGCGACCUGGAUCCUACAUUGCAGAACGCAGUUACUCUCGACCCAUACAUGACUAUGGAAGAAUUCGUCAGCCUAUGUUACCAAAAAGAGUACUCUGCACGCCGCGCUUUUGAACAACAACAGCGACAAGCAGCAGGACAGCUCCGCGUCGCUGCCCAGGAGUAUGCACGAUCCCGACGGGAAGCGGAACGACCUGGAACAUAUCGCCCUGCACUGCAAACGAGGACGACGAAUCCAAAACUGCCGGAGCCUACACCGCUCGCAUACCCCUGUCAACAUUGCGGUGGAAAUCACAAAAACUAUGAAUGUCCAGAUCGCCCACCCCGACCGAGACCUUACGGCCAAAAACGCGUCGCAUUCAUGAUGGAUCUCAUGGACAAGACAACCGGAAAACGAGUAACGGAGCCCCAGAAGGACGGCUGCGACUCCGAUGCAAAACAACAUAUCGCCGUCCCUGAAGCUCCUUUCCCCCCGACGGAGGCACCCGACACCAACAGUGAUACCCCAGACACCAUUAACAACACUAAUCACGCCACCUACGCACACAACUCCGUCCUCAUCACUACCUUUCAGCAUGAGAAGCCGGCCAAAGCAUACAUGCAGGCACCGGACCUUACUCCUAUAGAAUUUGUCCCGGACACAGGAGCCGGAGUCUCGCUCAUUAAGCGAAAAUACCUUGAGCAUUAUAGAAGGGUUAACAUCAUACAACUCGACCAGGAUCAGCACAUGAAGAUAGACGGAGUGGGUUCAGCAGCAAUCUUCGCGGAACAAGCUAUAGAUAAUUUUCCUUUAACUCUGCAAGCGGUCGAUGGCGAAAAGAUCAGACUUUACGGACUGGUCUACGUCGUCGACAAGCUUCCAGUACCAUGCAUCAUCGGCAAUAACAUACUCAGACCGAACGGAGUCAACAUCAUGUACGAUGAUGUGCCAGGCAAUUACGCGGCACUCCGUAUCCGAGGUCACUAUGUCAGACUCCAUUGCACCCCCGAACCAAAACGCAAACGUGUUCUCAUCAAAGCUGCGACUAACGUCAUUGUCCCUGCUGGUACCGGCGCGCACGUCGCCAUCCAGAAAACAAACUUACCAAGAACCGCAUUUGGAUACCUCCUCACCCCAAGUCCUGUCUGUGAAUCAUCCAAUGACACUCUUGCGUCGACAGGAAACCAAUUUCUCAAUGGUGAUGAAACCCACAUAACCGUCGCCAACCUGGGAAAAACAAGCGUUAAAAUAUAUCCUGGACAGCAGCUGGGCUACUUGGAAAUGGCGGACGCACCCAAUCGAAGCGCAGACAUCUACCUCUCAUUAGACUACUUGUUCGAAGGUCUACCCCCAACCAGGGAAGAAAAUGAGCCAGACGACCCACCCGCUGGAACCCCUUUUACCGUCACACCAUUAGAUGACGAUAUACAAGUGGGAAAGGCGGACGUAAGCUCAGAAUGGGGACCGGAUUAUGAGAAGUGCGUGCGACACGUGAUCCAGAAACAUGCCAACCUGUUCCGCAAAGAGCUGGGUCGCUUCAACGAUGACAUCAAAAUGCCUAUCCCUUUUUACGACGGAUACGACUUGUCUAAGUUAAAGCAAGCGCCGUAUUCGCAAUCCUUGAGAGACGAGCGAGCUAUUGAUGAAGUAUUGAACCCAUUGCGCGACCAAGGCCGAAUCGUUCCAGUGCCAUUGGGAAAGCCGAGCCCAGUCGCGGCGCCAGCUUUCGUGGUCUGGAAAAACAAGAAACCAAGGGUGGUCGUCGACAUGCGCAAGGUCAACAAAGCACUCAUCCCUGACGCGUAUCCUCUUCCAAAACAGGAUACAAUACUUUCAUCUAUGGGCGGAGCAAUGGUUUUCUCAUCGCUCGAUUUCGUGAAAAGUUUCUUCCAACAAGAUAUAGCUGAAGAAGACCAGUGGAAAACAGCUUUCGUCACCGCGCAUCGAGGGCACGAAAUGUUUACCGUGUCAACCAUGGGACUGGCAAACUCACCAGGGUUUUUCCAACACCGAAUGGAGAAACUAUUUGAAUCGUACCUGUGGGAAUUCGUGCUGGUCUACAUCGACGACAUCAUCAUCUUUAGUCGAAGUUUGGAAGACCACCUCACACAUCUCGACCAUGCUCUCUCAUUACUUGAGAACGCCGGCGUUACUCUCUCCAUCUCAAAAUGUCAUUUCGCAUACCCCUCCAUCCAAGCCCUUGGCCACCAUGUAUCUAGACUGGGACUCAGUACUGUCAAAGAAAAGACAGAAGCAAUACGGGCAAUGGUGUUUCCGGAAACCUUAAUGCAACUCGAGUAUGCCAUCGGUUUCUUCGGUUACUAUAGGCAAUUCGUUCCGCACUACUCACACAUUGCCAAACCACUGAUACAGUUGAAAACAAGAGGCUUCAAGGACGAACCUAGCAAAAGGGGUUACGGACGUAAGAGAUAUGCAAUGACAAAAACCACAGCUGAGUUCGCGGAUGAAAAACAACGAGCAGAGUGCGAAGCAGCGUUCGAAGAGCUCAAAACAGCUUUAUGCAAUGCACCGACUAGAGCGCAUCCAGAUUUCAACCGUCCUUUCAUAUUCUACGUAGAUGGCAGCCAAGAAAAGGGAUUCGGAUGCGCAGUUCACCAGAUGGACCUCUCCGACCCCGAGAAACCAAUCGAACGACCCAUCCUAUAUAUGUCCAAAACGCUUUCACCCACGGAAAGCAGGUAUUGGCCAACAGAAUUGGAGACGGCCGCUCUGGUUUGGGCACUGCAAAAGCUGCCUCAAUACACUGAUCACGAGAAGUUUGUGGUGUACACCGACCAUACAGCCAUAGUCAACUCUUUCAAAGAUGAGGGACCAGUCGUGGGCAAAAGGUCAGAACGCCUUCAACAAUGGAGACUGUUUUUAGCUCGUUUUCAAGGCAGAAUGGAGAUUCGGCAUGUCCCAGGCAGGGAGCACUUGAACGCUGAUGGGCUGUCACGACUGCGAACGGACUCCGAUGAAGCAGCAAACAAUACGAGCCACAAUAACCAAACGACGACUGCCACGCCUACACCCUCCAUCCUACUUCUUACCCGCGAUGGACAACCCGACCUUAUACAAAUCGACGAUGAAUUUCGCAAACGUGUGAUAAAGGAGCUGCCGACAGACCCCACACUGAAAAAGGUUUACAACGAAAUUCGGUCGAGCAUCGAGGAGAACACUGCGAAUGCCGAAUAUCCUACAACUACAAGGGAGACUUUCAGAUUGGACAUUGACACUGGACUGCUGUUCCAAAUGGCGCCUGACGGUCAAGAACGACUGUGCAUCCCAGCGGCGCUCCAUCGUGAGGUGUUGCGAACGGCUCACGACCAAGUCGGACAUCCCGGACGAACCCGAACAUGCGAAAGAAUACGCACAACAUUAUACAUCCCCCACCUGCGAAAGCUUGCAGCCGCUUACAUUUCAUCAUGCCCAGUGUGCAGAGCUGCACGUCCAUCAACCUCAAAACCUGCCGGCAAGCUGCAGCCUAUUGACACACCCUUUAUACCCUUCUUUACGAUUGCUAUGGAUUUCAUCGUGGGACUUCCAGUCACCCCAGACGGCUUCGAUGCUAUCCUGACAGUCACAGACAAGGCAACUAAAGCGGUUAAGUUGAUACCAGGUAAGGUAGAGGGCGACGCGCUAUAUUGGGCAAUACGUUUCUGGGACUACGUGGUCAGCGACUGGGGAUUACCGAAGGCCAUUAUAUCAGACCGCGAUGGUCGAUUUCUGUCAAGUUUUUGGCGAGCAUUGUUUGAGAAGCUGUUACCUGACGUUCAAUUCGCCAUCAAUACGUCACGCAAUUUUACAACAGGAGAAACGCCUUUCAAACUGCUGUAUGGCGUAUCCCCCCGCGACGGCACCAAUGUUAGCCAAGCUCCGAAUGAGCAGAACGAGUCGGCUGAACAAUUCUAUCGCGACCGGCAAGACAUACGCAAGGAGGCAGAGGAAGCUCUCAAGCUGGCACAAGCAAAGAUGGCCAUUUACUACGACCAGAAACACUCCCCAAUCCAGAUUGAAGAUAUGGCCUACCUAAACCUCACGCGUAAACUCAAUCAUGGUUACCGCAUUCCAUACGCAUCCAAGCUCGACGUCAUCAGAACAGGCCCUUUCAAAGUACUUGAGCGAGUCGGCAAGAACGCUUUUAGACUCGAGCUGCCUACUCACAUGAAGAUCCACCCAGUGAUCUCCGCCGUCCACUUGUCACCCGCACAACCAGAUCCAUAUCAACGCCCACCUGUUGCUGUUGGACAGAUCACCGAAGCAGCAACGGACGAAACUGAAGAGACCGCUCAGCAUAACGACAAUACUUCCACGUCACACCCGCCCCCACUGCCAUCCGCGCCUGGCGAACCGCAAAGAUAUAUCAUCGACCGCAUCCUCACCAAGGAACUCCGACGAAAGCCAGGCACAAGGUACAAGCAAUGGCAAUACAAGGUCCGAUGGCAAGGCUAUGACGCAUCGGAAGACUCAUUUGUGCCGGAGGCACAACUUAGGCAAGACGUUCCAGAGAUAGUGGACGCUUGGGAGCAGCGAAACGGCAUUGCGAGACGGUCGCGCUCCAAAGCAAAAACUACCUAA